AUGCCGGGACUCACAACUGCCCAAGUGACAGAACUCAGCGCGACCAACGUCGUGAUCCACCCCCUCGUCCUUUUGUCUGUAGUCGACCAUGCCGCGCGUGUGCCGUUAUCAAAGAACAAGCGUGUCCUCGGCGUGCUGUUAGGCCAGGAUGAAGGUGAUACCGUCAACGUCGCCAACUCGUUUGCGAUCCCUUUUGAGGAAGAUGAGCGUGAUCCCAAGACGUUCUUCUUGGAUUUGGACUAUGUCGAGGAGAUGUGGAGAAUGUUUCGUAAAGUAAACGCCAAAGAACGUCCCAUCGGCUUCUACCACACCGGCCCCCGCCUUCGCUCCUCCGACCUCGAAAUCACCUCCCUCUUCAAACGCUUCUGCCCCCGCCCCCUCAUGCUCAUCGUCGACACCCGCACCUCUGGCGGCCGGGGCGAGACCGGCAUCCCCACCGACGCCUACUUCGCCGUCGAAGAGAUCAAAGACGACGGCUCGAGCACGCAGCGCACGUUUACGCAUGUGGGCACGACGAUCGAGGCGGAGGAGGCGGAGGAGAUUGGGGUCGAGCAUCUGUUGAGGGAUAUCUCUGCUUCUGCUGGUGCCCCCAGCUCGAGUUUGCUGACGACACAAUCCCUCUCCACCCGCGUAUCCUCCCAACUCCAAGCCCUCCGCGGGCUGCACGCCCGCCUCCUCGAAAUCGGCGAAUACCUCUCCGCCGUGCGCGCCGGCAAACUGCCAAUCAACCAUCAGGUCAUCUACCACCUCCAGGAGAUUGUCGGGCUUUUGCCCCAGCUGGGCGGGGAUGUGGAGCUGGGCAAGGCGUUCAGGCAGGGGGUGAAUGAUUCGGGGUUGGUGGUGUUCUUGAGUAGUUUGAUUAGGACGGUUUUGGCGCUACAUGAUUUGAUUGAAAACCGAAUCCAAAACGCCCACCAAGACCUCCAAGACUCCAAAUCUCCCUCCGAAAAAGCCGACCAAGCGCGCGCCGAAGCAGCCGGUAUCAAGGCUGAAGACGUUGCCCGGGCAAAGAAGGAAAAGGAGGAGGAGGAGAAGAAGGAGAAGGAGAAGGAUGGGAAAAAGUAG